UAUGUGUUGUUCUUAGCUCUAUAAAUAUACGAAAUUACGGUAACUAAUUAAUUUUAUUUUCAUUUUAGUGUCGAACUGGAUCGCAGUUGGAUGAAUAUCAUACCUCCUGAUUACGAUAAUUACGCGCCUCCACUUGUUGACGGUAAACCUGUUACUGUUUAUGUCACUUUGGAAAUCCUGGAUGUGGAUGAAAUACGAGAGCAGACAAUGGACUUUCGUGUAUUCUUCUAUUUGAAUGCGUAUUGGACAGAUCCUAGAUUGAAACUCGAAGUUCUUAAUUUAACACUGUCAAAGAUACUUCCUCCUUCCGCAGAUGACACUCUAUGGAUUCCGGAUUUGAUGUUUGACAACAGUAAAUGGGGUUAUUUUUUCCGAUAUUCCAUUCCGAAUACUUUCAUUUCAAUAACUAAGGAUCGCAUUCUUCGAAAAACCACAAGAUAUAGCUUUCGUGUGGCAUGCCCUAUGGAUUUACAUCGUUAUCCUCUUGAUAUUCAAGACUGCGUAUUUAAAAUUGGUUUGUGUAAGUAA